UCGCUCGCGUAGUCGCGUGUGCCUUGUUCGUUCAUCUCGCUCGCCCGUUCUCAAUCCCUAGCUGCCCCCUCCCUCCAUCCAACCAGAACGCACGACCGCCGCCCGCCACCGGCAACGAAACCCUAAGCGCAGCGAUGUUAUCAGCCGAGGUGCCACACCUUCCCAGAGUCCGCCAUCCCCAUGAUCCGGCCAACUGCGCAUACGCCCCCGACCUAUUUGGCCCCACGCUCCAGCGUCUGCACGAUCCUAGCGAGCAGCAGGAGGAUGUGGCGGCGGCGGCGGGGGAUAAGCAAGGGAUCGCCUCCAUCUUCUCCUGUAUCGACAAACAUGGUGAUCCAGCGCUCAAGGCCGAGGCUUCAGAGCCGCCUAUUCUUCACUGGGAUGAUGUCUGCCUAUCCGACAGCGACGAUGAUUUAGUUGACCAGCUCGACUUGGCCGACUUGGCCGGCUUGGCCCUAGCACACUCUGAUGAGGGGGAGGAAGUGGUGACAGACGAUGAGGAGACAAAUUGCUCUGGGAAAUUUUUUCCCAGGGACAAAGCCAAACUGAUACAGCGGGUGUGGGUAAGGAGUGACAUCAAACAGAACGAAGAACACAGAGAGCUGUGUAAGAUGCUUCUAGAUCUGGGACAUGAUUGGUCUGCCCUUCCUCCUUUUCCUAUGAAAGUAUUCCCUCAGGCAAUAGGCGCAUGCGUUUUGCGGGGCUACUGUCACCACCGUAUAUACAAAACCCAUGAUACUUCCACCACUAAAUCAACUCUUGGAUAUCGCGAACCAAAUCGGAUGCUACAGGUAUUCUCGCUGCGUUUGUCAAGCUCUCCGUCAUAUCCUGUUAGUGUCUAUGGAAUAAUCGCCGUUCGGGAUUCCUUGGAGCCUCUGCGGAAUUACGUCUUUAGCCGUCCCUGCAGAGAUGAUGCUGUCACCAUUGACCAGGAUUCCUUUAUCCUACCUCUUUGUAGUCCUUGUCGAGGAAUGUACUUACGGCAGGAUGCAUUACUAGAAGUUGAUCUGUGGGUAAAGGAGGAAGGGGAUGGAUCGGCUGACAAACAAAUACUUUCUGCGUAUGCUGAGAUUGAGAGCUGCCCAGCUUAUGAUGAAAUGCUAUAUGGGCAGAUUCGUAGUGGCCUGUUCAGCUUGGACAUAGGCUACAUAUCAUUUACAAGAAGUAUCGAGGCCGUAAUAGAAGUCUUUGCAAAGGUUGAUGGUCCUCAUCAUGUGAGAUUUGGUGCUUUCAGCAGUGGCUUUGAUCAUGAGAUUGUGUUGUUUGAUGACACAUUCUCUGGGACUAAGAUGCAGUUUCAGCAUGUAGUCGUGGUGAAAGCAGAGGAAAAAUUGGAUGUUUGCUUAAAGUUGGGGGAAUCACUCUUUUGGUGGACUUUCCAGGAUGGACAUGUUGGACCUGUUAGGAUUCCUGAUGACUCGAUGUCAAAGUAUGGCCAGUUUGAUGUGAGGGUGUUCUUUGCUCCUAAGAACUCGCGACCACAGAAAUAAGUGAAGACACCCGUGCUGGAUUGUGCGUUUUAUUAUCUCCUAACUAAGUACCUCCUGGGUGUUUUUUUUGUAAUCUGUAAACCCUCUGUCAAAACAACAGAUGUUUGAGGUCAGACUUGUCGAAACUUGAAAAUAUUCUAUGUUUGUCUGCA